AUGGCACCCAACGAAUACGGCCGGCCCCCGGCCUCCAGCACCCUCACCAUCAAGCCCUUCCAAGCGCAUGUGGACGAGACGAAACUGCAACACAUGAAAGACCUGCUCUCCCUCUCGCCCAUCGGCAUCAGCACCUUCGAAAACACCUCCGCAGGCAGACACUACGGCAUGAACCGCGACUGGCUCAGCAACGCCAAAACCCACUGGCUGUCCAAAUUCGACUGGCGCGCGCACGAGGCGUACAUCAAUUCGUUCCCCAACUUUACCGCCUCGCUCGCGGACCAGAACGGCAAUCCGCUCGACGUCCACUUUGUUGCGCUCUUCUCGCAGAAGCGCGAUGCCGUGCCUAUCGCUUUGUUCCACGGCUGGCCCGGCUCGUUUCUGGAGUUCCUGGAGCUGCUGGAUAUUGCGCGGAAGAAGUGGCGGCCUGAGGAGAUGCCGUAUCACUUCAUCGUGCCUAGUCUCCCGGGCUUCGCGUACAGCUCGGGUCCGCCGGUGGAGACAGACUUCGGGCUGGAGAAUGUGUGUUUUGUGAUGGACAAGUUGCUUGUUGGGCUGGGGUUUGGGAGUGGGUAUUUGGUUCAAGGGGGGGAUAUUGGGAGUGCGGUUUGUCGGCUUCUGGCGUUGAACUAUGAGGCUUGUAAGGGGAUGCAUCUCAACAUGAUCAGCAUGCCGCGGCCGGAGAAUGCAGAGCAGCUCGAGGUCGAUGCGCUGGAGAAGAAGGCGUUGAACAACGGGGACGAGUUCGCCAAUACAGGCUACGCAUACGCUGCGGAGCACGGCACGAGGACGGCGACGAUCGGGCAUGCGCUCAGCUCCAGUCCGUUGGCCGUGUUGAGCUGGGUCGGCGAGAAGUUCCUCGAGUGGACGGACGAAGAUCCGCCUCUGGACAAAAUCCUCGAAGGCGUCACCUUGUACUGGCUCACGGACACCAUGUCGAGGAACAUGUACAAUUAUCGUUCCUUCAACGCGGGUAAAAUCAGACCACGCAGGGCGCAGCUCGCAAACGGCCUCUUCGGGCGAACCGGCAACAAGAUGCCCCCUUUCGUUUCCAAGCCUUCGGGCUACUCCUUCUUCCGCUGCGACAUCUUCCCCGUGCCGAAGACCUGGGCGGCGCAGACGUGCAAUCUGGUGGCGUACGGGCAGCACUCUAGUGGAGGGCAUUUUGCGGCGAUGGAGAAGCCGCGGGAGUUGCUUGCGGAUGUGGAGGAGUGGGUGGCGAAGGCGUGGAAGGCGCAGGCGCAUUUGUAG